UGUCAGUAUAUUUCACUGUUCCAUUCGUAGAUUGUUCCUGACUGAAGUAUCGCUCCAUCUCAUUUUCAGACAUACACUGGAAGCAUUCUGAUCGCUGUUAAUCCAUUUAAGAAGCUUCCACAUCUCUACGAUGCGUACAUGAUGGAACAGUACAAGGGAGCACCAUUCGGUGAGCUCAGUCCUCAUGUUUUUGCAGUUUCUGAAGUUGCAUACAGAGCAAUGAUGGACGACAGUCGAAGUCAGUCUAAACUCGUCAGCGGUGAAAGUGGAGCUGGCAAAACUGAGACAACAAAACUAAUCAUGCAGUAUCUUACAUUUGUUGGGGGACGUGCAGCUGUAGAUGAUAGAAGUGUUGAGCAGCAAGUCCUUGAAUCAAAUCCACUUUUGGAAGCAUUUGGCAACGCGAAAACAGUUAGAAAUGAUAAUUCUAGCCGUUUUGGCAAGUUUGUCGAAAUUCAAUUUGACGCAAAUGGUAGAAUAUCUGGUGCUGCAAUCAGAACCUACCUUCUGGACUCUGGAGAGAUCACGUGUAGUCCGGAUAACAGACCCUGA